CGGCGAGUUUUUUAAUGUUGGCGAGUUUGUUAAUGAUUUUGUCGUGUUUGGCGAGGAACCGGGACUUUACUUUGAAGACUUGCCGCAUUUAUAUUAACUACAAUAACUUUAUUUAUAAACUUUUUCUCUGAAAAUGAUAUAAAAAAUCAAACUUUAUUAUCUAUCAUUAUUUUAGCUUGCUACGUAGAGCCAACCUUCUUGAUUAGGAUUUUUUUUUUUUUCCAGAUACUUUUGAAUUCAAAGUACAUACUUUCCUCUUAUCAUCUGAUCAAAUAAAGUUAUCUUAUUUUACAAUCAGUUUUCCUCCUUCAGUGUGUUGACUGUAGGAAAAUUGAUAUUAUAAUAUAAAACAGCUAUGGCCUCUACUGUGUCAGUUGUUGCUAAAGCUCUUAAAACACAAGGUAUCAAGUAUGCAUUUGGAGUUGUUGGGAUUCCUAUAGCUGAAGUUGCUUCUGCCCUACAAGAAGUUGGAAUAAAAUUCAUUGGAAUGCGAAAUGAGCAGUCUGCAUCUUAUGCUGCUGGUGUUUCUGGAUACUUAACGAGAACGCCUGGAGUAUGUCUUGUUGUUUCUGGACCAGGUUUUGUUCAUGCAUUAGGUGGAAUGUCAAACGCUCAGAUUAAUGGAUGGCCAAUGAUUGUAAUUGGUGGUUCUUGUGGGAGAGAUCAAGAAGGCUAUGGUGGCUUCCAAGAAUUUCCCCAGGUUGAAGGUGCUCGUUUGUACAGCAAAUAUACGUGUCGACCAGCAGAUAUUACUCAAAUACCUUUUCAUAUUGAAAAAGCUAUAAGAUUAAGUACUUUUGGACGCCCAGGUGCCUCAUAUAUUGAUCUUGCAGCAGAUGUAAUAGCUCAGGAAACACCUGAAUCUUCAAUAGAAUAUCCACCCAAGUGUCCAGAACCUCCUAUUUCAAUGGCUCCAUUAAGUCUUAUUAAAUCUUUAAAUGAUGUUUUAAGUACUGCUGAAAGACCAUUAGUAGUUAUUGGAAAAGGUUCAGCUUAUAGUCAUGCUGAAAAUCCUGUCAGACAAUUUAUUGAACAGCAUCAAAUUCCUUUCCUUCCCACACCCAUGGGAAAAGGUGUCGUUUCUGAUCGUAGUCCAUUGUGUGUUUCCUCUGCCAGAUCUAAAGCACUUGCCAGGGCUGAUGUGAUAUUACUGUUGGGAGCUAGACUAAACUGGAUACUUCAUUUUGGCAGGCCCCCUAGAUUUCAUCAGGAUGUCAAGAUAUUACAAGUAGAUAUUGCCAUGGAGGAACUCCAUAACAGCAAGCAAGCUUCUGUAGCAAUAGCUGGUGAUGUAGGAGCUGUUGUACAGCAAAUAAAUGAAGACCUUAAUAAACGCCAGUGGAAGUUUCCCCAGAAAUCAAUAUGGUGGACAGAAUUAAAUGAAAAGAAGUCUGCAAAUGCUUCUGCAAUCCAAAAAAUGAUUGAGGAUAAAUCAACUCCUUUAAACUAUUAUGCAGCUUAUCAUGAAAUUCAGUCUUUGAUUCCUUCUGAUGCCAUAAUUGUCAAUGAAGGUGCAAAUACAAUGGAUAUUGGUCGAACCAUGCUAUUAAAUGAUCUUCCACGUCAUAGACUAGAUGCUGGCACAUUUGGAACAAUGGGAGUUGGCUUAGGUUCAGCUAUAGCUGCAGCUUUGUGGUGUGAAGAUCAUGCUCCAGAAAAAAGAGUUAUAUGCAUUCAAGGAGACAGUGCUUUUGGUUUUUCUGGUAUGGAAAUGGGAACAAUUACCAGAUAUCGCCUUCCAAUUAUUGUGAUAGUUUUUAAUAAUGGUGGAAUUUAUUUUGGACUUGAAGAAGAUAGUUUCAAAUCACUUCAGGAAGGUGAUGCACAUUCUGCCCUCAGCAUUCCACCUAAUUCCCUUUCACUUGCUGCCAAAUAUGAUAAAAUAUGCGAAAUGUUUGGUGGAAGAGGAUUUAAUGUGAAAACUGUUGAGGAACUAAGGACUGCUGUGACUGAAUGUUUGAAAAUUAAGGAACCAUGUGUUAUAAAUGUAACGAUUGCACCUUUUGCUCAAAAAAAAGCUCAGGAACAUCCAUGGUUGACUAGGUCACAUUUGUAAAGAUUCGUAUACAGCAGAAUUAUUAUAUUUUUCUCAUAUAUGAAAACUGAAGACAAAUGUUCACUAUUAUAAUUAUAAAUUGUUCUAUGUACAUGAAUAAUUUUCUGUUUUGUGUAUUCAUAAUUGUUUUCUUUGUAUUUAUUGUAAUAUGAAAAUAAAUAAUUAUAUUUUUCUACCAAA